CAUUAUAAGAAUAAUGUGAAUAAUGUUAAUAAUAAUGCGGUAGCGAUUCCUAUCAAUAACGCAGAAAAUAAUGCUGAUAAUGCAGAUGAUAGUAAUAAUAUAUCCAAUAAUGAAAAUGAUAAGAAAAAUGCAGAUGAUGAUGAUGAUAAUGUACCAGUGAUUAACAAAGUUUAUAAUAAUGCGAUCGAAAUUCAUAUCGAUAAUACAGAAAAUAAUGCUGAUAGCAAUAAUAUGGUUAAUAAUGAAGUUGAGCAUACGGUAGAAAAUGAUGAUAUUAAUACUGAAAUAGAAAAUAUUAAUAUCAAUGAGGUAAGGAAUAACGCUAUCGAUGAUGAAGAAAUUAAUGAGACUGAAAAUAACGAUAGCAAUCAGUAA